AUGGGGGGCAUUGGGCCGCUGCUCGAUGCUGUGGGCACGUGGAGGGACGAGGGGGAGGGGGAGGGCAUGACCAAAGGCUCCGCCAAGGUUUCAGUGGUGGUGGCGCUCGGCUUCCUCGCAGCUUCCUCCCUCGAUGCAGCGCUGGCAGUGGCGAUGCAGCGCUACCAUGUGAUGCAGCGCUGGCAGGGGUGGCAUGGGACGGUAUGGGGUGGCAUGGGACGGCAUGGGGUGGCAUGGGACGGCAUGGGGUGGCAUGGGACGGCAUGGGGUGGCAUGGGAUGGCAUGGGGUGGCAUGGGACGGCAUGGGGUGGCAUGGGACGGCAUGGGGUGGCAUGGGACGGCAUGGGGUGGCAUGGGACGGCAUGGGGUGGCAUGGGACGGCAUGGGGUGGCAUGGGACGGCAUGGGGUGGCAUGGGACGGCAUGGGGUGGCAUGGGACGGCAUGGGGUGGCAUGGGACGGCAUGCAGCGCUGGCAGGGGUGGCAUGGGACGGCAUAUCCCCGCUGCAGGACCGCCUAGUGGAGGGCCAUGCUGACGCCACUCUCCAAGGGGCCUGCGCGUGGGCCCUCUCACGUGGACCGCAGCAAGUGAUGGACGAGGGAUGUCCGGGUAUGGGUGGGGAUGGGUAUGGAUGGGUGGGAUGGGUGGGGAUGGGUAGGAAUGGGUGGGAUGGGUGGGGAUGGGUGGGGAUGGGUGGGGAUGGGUGGGAAUGGGUGGGAAUGGUGCUGCCUUCACUCUGCAAGCCACUCACGUUUCUCCUGCUGCUGUGUCCAUUCCCUCUUUCUCUCCCUCCACCUUCUCGUCUUCCCUCCAGCAGUUCCCAUUGCGACCACAAGCGCGCAGCAGCAUAUCUAGUCAAGGCCGUGUCACGCCACGCUGGCACUGAGCUGGCAGAGGCGGGCGUGCUGCCGUUGCUGACGGAGUGCCUUCUGGCUGCCAUGCUGGCGGUGCGCGAGACUGCUGCGUGCGCAAUGGGCCACGUGGCGAAGCACAGCGGUGACAUGGCGAUUUCCUACGACAAGGCAGUGGGAGAGCGCCAUGUGAAGAUCUACCCGAGUGAAGCCGUGGACUCGCUUCCAGAGGGGCCGGAGAGAGUGAAGCUGCUGCUACAGGAGUCUGAGAAGGAGGAGAUGUGGAAACUGGACGAGUUUGUCAAGAGAAUGGAGUUCAACAAAAAACAGUCCGUGGAUGCGACUGACCAGGCGGCUAUCAAGGCAGCGAUCACAUCAAUAGAUGAGGAGUGCCCUAUUGACAUCCUGCAGUGCAAUGCCGGCAUUGUGAGGACCGGACUUGUGGAAGACUUAUCGGCUGAAGACGUGCAGUCACAGGUUCACACCAACUUCCUGGGGAGUGUGUACCCAGUGCAGGCUGUACUCCCAAGCAUGAAGGCUCGUGCCGAUGCUGGGGAAGAGCCUGGUGCUAUUGUCUUCACGUGCUCCCUAGCAGCUCUGGUAAGCCUUACUAGUCAUCAUAUUUAUCCCUUAAUUUGCGCUUACGAGCUGACCAUUGAUCUUUCACGCUUGCACUUCUUUCAGCUGAGCUCACCUUAA